CCCUUAGUCAGCCUCCCGUCCUCCCCAGGCUGCCACACACACAGCAGCUGUUCCCUGCCUCACUAUGACAGCCUAGCCUCACCUCUGUCUCUACAAACACACACACAUACCAGGCAACAGCACAGUAGGAGCACCACUCUGUCCGAUAGGGAUCAGUCAUUCCAGAGAAACAGGUCUGAGAACAGUGAGAGGAAAGAAUGGGGCUGUGGACGAUGCUGAUCGUGGCUUCACAGCUGAUCUUAAACCUGUGCUCAGACGGAGCCCAGGGAUCAGUCUAUGAUCUCCUAAACUCCCCGGACUGUCUGCCAGACCUGCUGCAGGGCGGCCUGGUGGAGCAGGGGGUGAAUGAGGCGUUCAUCCUCACCACCUUUAAACUGCAGCCCAAGACUGGCACCACCGUGUUUGGUCUGUACAACCCCCGGGACAACAGCAAGUACUUUGAGUUCACCGUGCUGGGCAAACUCAACAGAGCUGUGCUGCGUUACCUGAGGAGUGAUCGGAGGAUGAGCUCUGUGACCUUCAACAACAUCCAACUGGCGGACGGUCAGCGCCACCGCCUCCUCUUCCACCUGAAGGGGAUGCAGCAGGGCCCGGGGGCGGUGGAGCUGCACCUGGACUGCAGACUGGUGGAGACGGUCAGGGAUCUCCCCUCCGUGUUUCAGGGCCUGCCUGCAGGCUACGGCGUGGUGGAGCUGAAAAGCAUGCAGGGAAAAGCAGAGGAGGAGCUGGAGGAAUUGAAACUGGUGGUGGGAGACACGUUCGAGAACGUAGCCUCUCUACAAAACUGCCACCAACAAGGAGACUCGGUGCAGACUCUGGGGGUCAACACAAAGCAACUCUCCAAUCAAAUGCUUGAGCUCACCCAGGUGAUAAAUGAGCUGAAAGAUGUCCUUAUUCAGCAGGUCAAAGAGACAUCUUUUCUCAGAAACACCAUCUCUGAGUGCCAGGCUUGUGGACUGGGUGGAAGCGAGGUCCUUGAGCCAAAGUGUGCCCCUGGUGUUUGUUUCCGUGACGACAUGUGUAUUGAGACGGAGGAGGGUGUUGAGUGUGGACCCUGUCCUGAUGGAUACACAGGGGAUGGCUUCAGCUGUGAUGAUGUGGAUGAGUGCCAGUUUAACCCUUGCUUCGCCGGGGUAAAGUGUGUGAACACAGCUCCAGGGUUUCGCUGUGACGCAUGUCCUCUGGGCUACACUGGUCUGGCUGUGGAGGGGGUGGGAGUGGUCUACGCCCAGACAAACAAACAGGUCUGUGACGACAUUGAUGAGUGCAAAGGGCCCAACAACGGAGGGUGCACUGCUGACUCUCUCUGUCACAACUCUGCGGGUUCAUACGUCUGUGGGGGCUGUAAAACAGGCUACAUAGGGGGCCAGGUGAAGGGCUGUAAGCCAGAGAGGAGCUGUGGUAACAGUCGGACCAACCCCUGUGAUGUCAACGCCCAGUGUAUCCAAGAAAGAGACGGCUCCAUCACCUGUCAGUGUGGGAUUGGCUGGGCUGGUAAUGGCUACCUAUGUGGGAAGGACACAGACAUUGAUGGAUACCCUGAUGAGAAACUCAAGUGCAAGGAUAUGGUCUGUAAAAAGGAUAACUGCAUGCGUGUUCCCAACUCUGGCCAAGAAGAUGCUGACGAGGACGGACAAGGGGACGCUUGUGACGAUGACGCUGAUGGAGACGGUAUUCUGAAUGAACAGGAUAACUGCUGGCUGAAGCCUAACGUGGACCAGAGGAAUAGUGACAAGGACAACCACGGUGAUGCCUGUGACAACUGUCGUAUGGUGGAGAACCCCGAUCAGAGGGACACUGACGGUGACAGGAAAGGAGACGCCUGCGAUGAUGACAUGGAUGGAGACGGCUUGAAGAACUUCCUGGAUAACUGCCAGAUGGUGGUGAACCGGGACCAGUUGGACCGGGAUGGAGACGGAGUGGGAGACGCCUGUGACAGCUGCCCCGAUAUUCCUAAUCCUAACCAGUCCGACAUCGAUGAUGACCUGGUUGGGGAUUCUUGUGACACAAACCAAGACAGUGAUGGUGACGGUCACCAGGACACCAAGGACAACUGUCCCAACGUGAUCAACAGCUCCCAGCUGGACACAGACAAAGACGGCCUGGGGGAUGAGUGUGACGAUGACGAUGACAACGACAGCAUCCCUGACUUCCUGCCACCAGGACCCGACAACUGCAGACUGGUGCCCAACCCUGACCAGCUGGAUGAGAACAAUGACGGUGUUGGGGAUGUGUGUGAGUCAGACUUUGACCAGGACAAGGUGAUUGACAGAAUAGACAACUGUCCAGAGAACGCUGAGGUCACUCUGACAGACUUCAGAGCCUAUCAGACGGUGGUGCUGGACCCUGAGGGUGACGCCCAGAUUGACCCCAACUGGGUUGUCCUUAAUCAGGGAAUGGAGAUUGUGCAGACCAUGAACAGUGACCCUGGACUGGCUGUGGGUUACACUGCGUUCAGUGGGGUGGACUUUGAGGGGACGUUCCAUGUAAACACAGUGACGGACGAUGACUACGCAGGCUUCAUCUUUGGCUACCAGGACUCCUCCUCCUUCUACGUGGUCAUGUGGAAACAGACUGAGCAGACCUACUGGCAGGCCACACCCUUCAGAGCAGUGGCCGAGCCUGGCAUCCAGCUCAAGGCUGUGAAGUCUAAGUCAGGGCCAGGUGAGCACCUGAGGAACUCCCUUUGGCACACAGGGGACACCAACGACCAGGUGCGUCUGCUGUGGAAGGACCCCAGGAACGUGGGCUGGAAGGACAAGGUUUCCUACCGCUGGUACCUGCAGCACCGGCCCCAGGUUGGAUACAUCAGGGCCCGUUUCUAUGAAGGUACAGAACUGGUGGCUGACUCUGGUGUGACCAUUGACACCACAAUGAGAGGAGGGCGACUGGGCGUUUUCUGUUUCUCUCAGGAAAACAUCAUCUGGUCCAACCUAAAGUACCGCUGCAAUGACACCAUCCCUGAGGACUUCCAGUUCAGCACGCAGCAUGGCGUCAACGACAGUCUCUAAUCGUACAGAGUCUGAAAGAAAGACCGUUUCUCCACGUGUUUGGAAUGUUUGUGGUGUGUGUGUGUGUGUGUGUACACAGUGGCAAUACUAUAUGUACUGUAUGUUUUCUGUUUAUGUCUAUGCCACCUCCCCUCAAAAAUGUUUUUAAUCAACUUGUCUUCCUGAGUAUUAAAAUCAGUGUCCUCGGUGCUCUGAAUGAGGACUACUAGAGUAAAAUAAAAUGAUAUUUAUCAUUACAUUUCAUGCAUAUUACAAUUCAAACUCUAGAUUUUCUUUAUUCUUUGGGCUCAUUUUGCGUUAUCAUCCACAUACACAAUCAUCAGCCAUUGAUAUAAGCUUCCUUCUCUGUCAGAGCAGCAUUUAUUCCCAGUGUGAUAUACCAGCCCCACACUCUGCACAAUGUAUUCACACGACAUGGACAUGAAAGGGAACACAAGAGAAGAGUCAGAACAUGACUUGGCCAUGCCUGAGCAUAGUCCAUUUUCUCGUACCCUGGUCCCAGAUCUGUUUGUGCUAUCUUGCCAUUUUGGAAAGACAACACAAACAGAUCUGGGACCAGGCUAACUGUCUUGUAACUCUGACCCCUCAACCCUCACCCGAGGCCUAGUCUUAACCAAGAGUUUGGUUAUCGUUGCUUAUCACGGCUCCUUGACGCAACUCUCUGGAGACCGAUGGAAAGCAAUGCUUUACAUAUUUAAAUGAUUCACAAAUCAAAUCUACUCCUUUGUCUGGUUUCACUCUUAGACAUAGGUGUUUAUAUGUUUGAAAUGCAUGUUGAUUAUUUUCUCAAUUGUAAGGUUAUCGACAAGAGAAUUCACACAAAAGAAACAUUAAGAGACAUUG